UCUGCCUUCAUGCUGAAAUUCCCGUGCUGGGCAAACCUGUGAGCCCCGGCUGCCGGCCACGUCCUGCCAGCAACAUGCCGGAGCAGAGCAACGACUACCGCGUGGCCGUGUUCGGCGCGGGCGGCGUGGGCAAGAGCUCGCUGGUGCUGCGCUUCGUGAAGGGCACGUUCCGCGAGAGCUACAUCCCCACGGUGGAGGACACCUACCGCCAGGUCAUCAGCUGCGACAAGAGCAUCUGCACGCUGCAGAUCACCGACACCACGGGCAGCCACCAGUUCCCCGCCAUGCAGCGGCUGUCCAUCUCCAAGGGCCACGCCUUCAUCCUGGUGUACUCCAUCACCAGCCGGCAGUCGCUGGAGGAGCUCAAGCCCAUCUACCAGCAGAUCUGCGAGAUCAAGGGCGACGUGGAGAGCAUCCCCAUCAUGCUGGUGGGGAACAAGUGCGACGAGAGCCCCAGCCGCGAGGUGCAGAGCGGCGAGGCCGAGGCCCUGGCGCGCGCCUGGAAGUGCGCCUUCAUGGAGACCUCGGCCAAGCUCAACCACAACGUCAAGGAGCUCUUCCAGGAGCUGCUCAACCUGGAGAAGCGCAGGACCGUGAGCCUCCAGAUCGACGGCAAGAAGAGCAAGCAGCAGAAGCGGAAGGAGAAGCUCAAGGGCAAGUGCGUGGUCAUGUGAGGGCCCCUCGGGAGGGCGGCCGCCCCGGCGCCUCCCCCGGGACCCCCGCUGCCGCCCCCGUGUCAUGCACGAUGCCCCCGUGUCCCGCGCCACCUUGGACCCAGACUGGCCCUCCCGUGCUCGGAGGGCGUCCCGCCACCGCCGGAAGCCCACCCCCACCGUCAGAAACCGCAGGAGGCUGAGGGACUGCUGAUGCCCGCGCUGAGCGCCCGGACGCUGGAUGGGCCCCGCCGUGUCUGGAGGUGGCUUGCCACUCGCAGGUGGGGGGGCAGCGGUGCUGAGAGCACUGUCGUCUACAUGCAUGUGAGAGCGUGCUGGCCUGGGGCCGCCCACCCCCACCCCAAACCAGGUGUCCUUCUCUGCUCUGAAGCCCGUAACACCUCUGGGGGAGAAGCAGGGUCGGGGGCGUGAGAAGACCCCCCCCCGUCUCAGGGGGAACCACACCGGCCCAUUUUAUAGUACUUUAACUGGAUUAAAUAGUUACACAGCCUCCCCCGAAGGAUGUCUGUUCUCCGUUUUCUCCCGACCUGCCGGGAGCCUUGCUAUCGUGGCUGGGAGUGUGUUUGCCUCGUGUAGACCUAGUUAGCAAGUGUCGUUUUCUCCUGGUAGAGUGCUUAUUUUCAUACGCAAUGAUCAGUUCACCCAUAGCGUGCUGCUCUGUCAGACAUGCUUCAGUUCUCGAGGAGGGGUAUUGUGACAUCGUGACAAUAUCGCAAUCACGUUCCUGCGUGUUACGCUCAAGGAUAUCAGAAAUGUGAAGCUUUCUUCUUUGACCUGUGAAGAGUGUGACUUCUUCCAGCCCUCAGCUUUUAAACACAAGCAAAUAAAGUCGCCAUUUUUGGACGUUUUCUCCUCCAAGGUGGUUUUCUUCUCUUUAAUAACUCAGCCCAUACCCAGCUGGGUCACAGCCCACAAAGGCCAUCCGACAACCACAAGCACAUCUGUUUUGCUGACGUCACAAACACGUGUACGCCACACUUUGCA